AUGCCUGGGGUGGCUUGGCUGUCCUACUCCCUGGUGGUGCUAUUCCUGCUGGCCCUGCUGGAGGCCAUCCUGCUCUCCUGGCAGCACACUCCAGUGUGGGGCAAGAUCCCAGGCCCAGAAGCGCAGGUGCUGCAGCAGGUGGAAGCCCUGGCGUGUCCAGCAGCAGGAGCCAGACCUGGACCCCGAGCCCAUUCUGAAGCUGCCCCUGGAGAAGCUGGCCCCGAAGCUGCCGGCCGAGAGCUGAGUCUGGUGCUGAAGGUGCACCAGUUGGUGAACCACCUGACAGAUUUCCUGGGGGCAUGUGAAGAGCAACUGCAGGCAUUGAAGAAGCUUAAGAAGAGUGAGAAAGGCCUUCUCCUCAGGGUCCCCAUCAGCCUCAAGGACUCCAAUGAUUGUGUGCAACAAGCCCAACUAUGGACAGACUCUGAACCCUUGGAACUGGGGUUCCUCCUGGGUGCGGGAGCUCUGCAGGCAGAAGGGGUUCCAUCCCAGGCAUGGAUGCUGACGCAGCUGGUGGCAGCCACAUACCAGCCAGCUUUUGUGGUGUCUGUGGACUGUGGACUACAGGACUCGGCCUCAGCCCUGCUGAAUGAAGACAUGAACCAGCUGGACCCCCCUGUGCCUCCUAAGCCCUUCAAUGAGGAGCCCAAGAUGCAGUGA